CCCAAUAGGGACAUUUUUUUUCCUCUCGCUGGAUAGCACUAAUUUGCUAUCGAACCGCGGUGCGUUGCACGGGCCACCACUAUUCUUUUUUUCGACGCCUCGCGGUGUGGGGUGCGUGUUGUCACCCGAAGUGCUGACCGAAGCUAGAAGAGCCAAGAGUCAAUAAAUAGACUGGAAAAGCGCGAAAAUCGUUCAAAUAGGUGCGGAAAAUCGUCGCGGUUAGUGUCGGAAAGUGUGUUUGCCAAGCAAAACCUGAUCACGAACAGAUACCUACUAGAGGCCGUUAGUGAAUUGUAUUGUCACCGGUGAACUGAAUUUGGUGAAACGAAAAGUGAAUGAAAACCUGAGCACAGUAAAAGCGAAAAUCAGUGUGUGAUUUUGGUGCCCGCCAUCGUCCGGAAGCUUGUCAGUGUAUUUCGAUCGUUUUUUCUGUGUGCGGUGCAGUUUCAUUUCGCAAGAAAGCCGCAUUUUUGUGGAGAUACGUCAGAGGCGGUGUAAUUCGUUAAGACUACUCACUCAACCACCAACCCGACAGACGAUAGCUUAUUAACAGUGAUCUUCUUUGUCACAGCCCAGUCGAACGUGUCACUUAAUCUUGUGUGCAAUCUAGACUACCCAUUGCGGAAAAUUGGUAGUACCUUAACGCAGUGCAUCGAUUAAUGUCAGCAAAUAUUAGUAACAGUGCGUAGCAAAAUAUCGUCUAACAAAGUGCGUAAACGAAACAUAUCGAUCCAAAGUUGAAUUUCGAAAUUUGUGAAUGUGCAAAAAUAGAUCAUCUCAAAAGUGGGCAAAAUAACCCAAGCCAACCAGUGAAGCAAACGGAAGAAAACGCCAUAAAACGUAAAACAACGAAACCUUUAAGUAGUGAGGAAUCCACGGACAGCAACACCGAAACAGUGUAAGAGUAACAGUGAGUGGAUCAUCAUUAUUUGCCAUACCUAGUAGAAUACCAAGUAACGCAGCCAAUCCUCGUCUGUCAUCUGUGAAAGUUUCCCCAUACUGAAACGGAACGCGAAAAGUGCAAUUUCGAAAGAAGUGUUCAGUGUAAAUUAUCUAGUCAAAAUUGUGUUCAUUGUAUGCAUUUCUGAAAAAGUGCCUUCAAACAGCCCACGGAAGGUUUAAAACCUUCACAAUACUGUUUCCCUUCCAAGAAUUGCAACAUUUACUACGAGCUAUGGAACCGCAUUGAACGAUAAAUAUAUUUUUAUGACACCAAGGGUUCGCGCCAGGAAAAAUAGUGUGGAUGCGCGUGUGUUUUGACGGGCUGUGCUUCGCGUCACGGCGACCGGCGGCGGCCGUUGAGCAGGAGACGCAGACGGUCCUGUGCGGCGCAACCGCACUCGAUACGCAGCAUCUCGCGCGUUUGCUGAAGUACGCGAACUUUGCCGCGCCGACGAACGGUCUCGGUUCCGCGUUCGGUUCUGCCGCGUCCCAACCCCAUCGGUUAGCGCAGUCGUCGAAGCAGGCGACGUUACCGACGCCGCCGUCGUUACCGCCAUCAUUGGGUGGGUCGUCGUCGUCGUCGUCGCCGCCGUCAGUCGUUUUUCGCGUUUCCGCGGGAAAAGAUCAACUAGCGUCGCCAUCGCAGCACGUCGCGUCAACCACGAUGAACGACGGAAACACCGGUGGUGAUCCGGCCGCCGCAUCCUUUAGCCAGCAGAAUGAUUCCAUCAACAACAACCUCGAUUCCGGUGUCAGUAACAUUAAGCAGAUAGUGAUGCUGCAGGGAGACCUUCAGCAGAACCUGUACAUCAACGAUCCCGCCUGUCUGAAUCUGACUCCGCGGGAACAGGAACUGCUGAAGGUGAUCCAGGCACGGGAUAUUCGCAUCCGGGAGUUGGAGGACUACCUCCGGUUGAAACAUGACGAGGUGGCCGAACUCAAAAGUCAUCUGGACAAGUUCCAGAGUGUGUUUCGAUCGAGCGCCGGUGCCACCGGGGUGUCCCACAGUGGCCGGAAGCUCGGUGCAGCCGGUGGCGUUCAGCGGCAACGUGCGCAAGGUAUUUCUGCCGAACCGCAGCGUGAUAUAUCGGUGCUGGAGCUGAUGCAUGUGGCGUUCCCCAAGUACGAUAAGGAAGAAAGAUCCCGCGAAAUCAUAAAAUCCGCCAUCCUGGACAAUGACUUCAUGAAGAAUCUGGAAAUGACGCAGAUCCGCGAGAUCGUGGACUGCAUGUACCCGGUGCAGUACGGCGCCGGUAGUCUAAUCAUCAAGGAGGGCGACGUCGGCAGCAUAGUCUACGUGAUGGAAGAGGGCCGCGUCGAAGUUUCCCGCGAAGGCAAAUACCUGUCGACGCUCUCCGGUGCCAAGGUGCUCGGAGAAUUGGCCAUCCUCUAUCACUGCCAGCGAACGGCAACCAUCACCGCGGCUACCGACUGCAAGCUUUGGGCCGUCGAACGACAAUGCUUCCAGACGAUCAUGAUGCGCACCGGUCUGAUCCGGCAGGCCGAGUACUCCGAUUUCCUCAAGAGCGUGCCCAUCUUCAAAGACCUCCCAGAAGACACGCUGUGCAAGAUUUCCGACGUGCUCGAAGAGUGCUACUACCAGAAAGGUGACUACAUCAUCCGCCAGGGUGCUCGAGGUGACACGUUCUUCAUUAUAUCCAAGGGUCAGGUACGUGUUACCAUCCGGCAACCCGAAACCCAGGAGGAAAAGUUUAUCCGGACACUCGGCAAGGGCGAUUUCUUCGGCGAAAAAGCACUGCAAGGGGAUGAUCUGCGAACGGCUAACAUUAUUUGCGAUUCCCCGGAGGGCGUCACAUGUUUGGUCAUUGAUCGGGACACGUUCAAUCAGCUGAUCUCGAAUUUGGAUGAAAUCAAAAAUCGCUACAAUGACGAUGCAGUGGUUCAGAAGAAGAAGAUCUACGAAGAGUUCCGCGAUGUGCGGCUCUCGGAUUUGCGAGUGUUGGCCACCCUGGGCGUAGGAGGUUUCGGUCGGGUUGAACUGGUUCAACUGGCCCAGGACAAGUCACGAUCCUUCGCUCUGAAGCAGAUGAAGAAGUCCCAAAUUGUGGAAACUCGUCAACAGCAGCACAUUAUGUCCGAAAAAGAAAUCAUGAGCGAAGCAAACAGCGACUUUAUCGUGAAAUUGUACAAAACCUUCAAAGAUCGCAAAUAUUUGUACAUGCUAAUGGAAAGCUGCCUCGGAGGGGAACUGUGGACGAUUCUACGAGAUCGUGGACACUUUGACGAUUCCACUACCCGAUUCUAUACGGCUUGCGUGGUGGAAGCUUUCGAUUAUCUGCACUCGCGCAACAUCAUCUAUCGGGAUCUGAAGCCGGAGAAUCUCCUGCUGGACGUUUCGGGAUACGUAAAACUGGUGGACUUUGGGUUCGCUAAAAAGCUUCAGUCAGGACGGAAAACUUGGACGUUCUGCGGAACGCCAGAAUACGUAGCACCGGAAGUGAUCCUCAACCGGGGCCAUGACAUCAGUGCUGACUACUGGUCACUAGGAGUGCUUAUGUUUGAGUUGUUAACUGGAACCCCUCCCUUCACCGGAGCCGAUCCCAUGCGCACGUACAACAUUAUCCUGAAGGGUAUCGAUGCCAUCGAGUUUCCACGCAACAUCACUCGUAACGCGACCGCCCUGAUCAAGAAACUAUGCCGGGACAACCCGACGGAGCGGUUAGGAUAUCAACGGGGUGGAAUCAGCGAAAUCCAGAAGCACAAAUGGUUCGACGGCUUCUACUGGGACGGACUGCGAAAUCGUACCCUCCCGCCACCGAUUCUCCCGAAAGUGCAGAGCGUCGUUGAUACCGCCAACUUCGAUGACUACCCGGCUGAUCCAGAUGGUCCGCCACCGGACGAUCUUUCCGGGUGGGACGAGGAAUUCUAAGGCGCACCAAAUGAUGAGCGAUGGAUUUCUUCCCAGGUUUCAUGUAAUUUUAUUUGUUAGGACAAAAAGUGUACGGGCUUGCUCGGAACAUGGUUACUAUUAUUCCCAGGGGGGCACAACAGAACCAAUGGAAUGGCAAGCCUAGUUUUGUGACUAUGUAGAAGUUAGCAUUCGUUCGUGUGUACGCGGUCGCUGUACAGAAAUCUGACGUCAAUUCGAAUAUCGUGAAGAGCAUUCACACUAGCGAAAAGGACAUUGUAUCACUAUUACUGUAGAGCCACUAUUACGGAAAAAGAUGCAUAGUUGAUGGUUGAAUGGUAAGUAAGUACGAGACCAAUUCUUGGAGCCAUAUUUGGGGCACGAUGUAGGGAAACAAUCUCAAAAUUGACAAAAAAAACGUAUACAUAGUUCACAUGGAUGUCUAGUGGAAGAAAGAUAGCGGUCAGAAUGUCUUCCUAAUCAUUUUUAAUGUGUUAAUUUUUAAAUCUUUUAUUUAUCCUCACAGAAGUGAACACUGGUAUUCGUGCUAUUGUUUUACGUGGGUUUCUAACAAAUCAAAGAAAACUCGUAUAAAUUAUAAGAACAAUGCUUUCUCACCGAAAAAUGGGCAAACUAAACCAUAAAGUUGAAAAGGGCGCACGGUAGAGUUAGUAGCUCACCUAAUUGCGCUUCGACAACGUGUUUCAACUGCAUGGUUGGAAUAAAAAAAACAACAGAGUCCCCUAACCAAUACAAAUAAGCAAAAACCUUUUUUGUUUUUUCAAAUUCAACCCCUUCUUGCCUGUGUAAAAAUGUUUAUUUUUGUUAUGAUGUAAUUUGACUUUUGUAAAAAAAAUGUAAAUAUUCAAUGGUUUUUUAAUUAGAACAGGUCGUGACGAUUCAAAGAAACUGUGAACAAGCGAGUAAAAUGAAUUAACUAAAAUUCAACCUGGUUGAGAACUAGAAACAAAGCAGAUAUGAUUAUAAAUAAACCGCAAGCACACUUGAAACCGAUUAA